AUGCUUCUGAGACUAUUCAACGGUGUGCGACCUCUCAGACUAUUGAUGGAGAUGAACAGCAUGGUCACGCCUGGUUUGCUGGGUUGUAAGGUAGAGAGUCAUGGCUCUCGUGGACUGGUACCUAGUGGGCUUGUGUGCUAUCUAGUGUAG